AUGUUAAAAGAAGUGCUUUUAGGUGCUUACACUACCAUAGAGUCCAACAAGAGUGCUGCUCUUGUGUUUCUAUUCGCAGCAGUUUUGGUGUACAACUUGGUCUUGUACCCAUUCUAUAUAUCACCAUUCAAAAGCAUUCCUGGCCCUUACCUAUUUCGGAUCUCCCGACUCCCAUGCUUACACUACCAAAGAACCAACCAGUGGGUCUACAAAGUCCACGAGCUCCACAAGGUGUAUGGAGAUGUGGUGGUUCUCGCACCCAAUGAGAUCAGUGUUAAUGGUGAUCCCAAGUAUUUGAACGAUAUCUACACCAAAAACUUCCCCAAGUCUAAAUUCUACGAAAACUUCAGAAACCACGGGUUUAAAGACAACAUGUUUAGUUCGUUGGAGAAUGAUAGACACCUUAACUAUAAGAAGAAUAUCACCAGCAUCUACCUGAAGUCGGCUGUGUUCAACGGCAAAAACACCACCCGUUCAGUCAUCUUGAAAAAGGUCGAAAAGUUGCUCAGAAACAUUAAGGAGUCAAGUGGUGGAAAAACUACCAACUUGGGUAUUGAUGUCUACUCGCUUUUUGGAGCUUUGGCAUUGGAUGUGGUGACAGCCUUCGAAUUGGGUUCCGAAAACAGCACCGAUUUGUUGGACUUCCCAGAAAAAAGAAGCAUUGUCACCUAUCACCGGUAUGUUGCGUCGAUGGUAUUCUACACAACGCUCAUGCCGCAAUUCUGGGAUAUGGCUGCAACUGAGUUAAUCAAGAAGUCGUCUGCUAUCGUCGAGAAAUGGCAGUUGGGAAUUUACCACAAGGCCGAAGAGAAUGUACCUGUUCUCACUCCCGAACAGAAUACCACCACCUUGGAAUUGUUGAAGAAAAACAACUUGACGGGAGAGUAUGCCUAUUCUUUCUUGAGUGAUAACAUUUUUGCUGGUCAUGAGACCACCGCCAUCCAGUUGACAUACUUAACAUACGAGUUGUCCAGACCUAAACAUCAUUACUUGCAGAGAAUGUUGAAGGAGGAGUUGGACAAAGAGUUUGGUGCACCUUCAAGAGAAACCGAUGUGAUUGAGGAUUUCGAGAGGGUUGAUACUUUACCGGUUUUGAAUGCGUUAAUCUUGGAGAACUCUCGAGUCCACACCUCGAUUCCUGGAGCAGAACCUCGUGUGGUUGAUAGGCCCUACACCGUGAAUGGAACCGUUAUCCCCCCCAAUACGGUGAUCUCGGUUCAGCCUUAUUCGUAUCAUAGAGUGGAAAAGGUGUUUCCUAAACCAGAUCAUUUUGUGGCUGAAAGAUGGCUUCCACGGGAAAAUGAGUCUGAGUCUCAGUAUGCUUCCCGGUUCAAGUUGAUGAACAAAUACAUGAUUCCAUUUGGAAAGGGGGUUAGAAUGUGUCUUGGGAUGAACAUAGCUCAAAUCGAGAUGAAGAUGGCAAUUGCAAACAUUUAUUGGCAUUAUAACUCAAAGAUAUGCGAAAACUGGGCCCAAAUAGUUGAGUAUGACGAUUUGGAAAAAUUACCAGAACCUAUUAAAACUGCUAACCAGGUGGGAGAUAAGCUUACUGACGAGUCGAAGAUGACUAUGUUUGACACUUAUACCACUCGGCCAUACGAUGACGAAUGCUGGCUUGAGUUCUAUAGAAAUAAGUAUUAG